GUAGUUUUUACUUUUUGUUUCCUACUGGUAUUUUGCUAUUUAAAUUUAUAUAUUUUAGAUGGUUCAAUCAGUAAAAUAAUAAAUAACAUGGCCUCAAUAUCACACACAUCAAUGUUUAUAUUAUUAUUUGUACUUUCAUACACAAUCUCUUCAAUAUCGGCUGAAUGCUCUAUUCCUGUAGUUUUAAGGAAUACAUGGUUUUCUUUUGAAAAUGGAAAACAAACGAUUACUGAUAUUAAUGCAAAUGAGAUGACAGGAAGAGGGUUGUGUGUUAAUAUUAAAGCUGAUUACCAUGUUAACUACACAAUGGUAUUCCAGUACACCAAAUGCUACUAUUGUGUUAAACUAAUAGUUCGGACUGUUAAUGUUUUGGAGAAAAUUGAAACACCAUGUGUGGAUGUUGGACAAGACGAAGAGCCAACAGUUGAAAGAGUCUGCAAAGGACUUAAUCCCGAUCAAUCUCUAACUACAUUGUUCUCAGAGAAUUCUGUCCCAGUGAAUUGCAGAUCAUCACUUGAAGGUGUGUGGCAGUUUGCCUAUCAGAAUCGUUUCAGGUUUACUGGAGAGUGCAAGCAUCCAGAUGCUCAGAUCAAAUCCUGUCAAACAGCUGGCACACAGUUUUUGAUUACUAAUCAGAAGUUUAAUAUCACAUAUAGGAAGUGCUCUGGAAUGUCUGGUACUUUUGAUGGUGUUGUUGAAUAUAGCUGUUUAGGUCAUUGGUUUGUUGAUAAAAAUCAUUUCUUUGCUGUUGCAAACACGAAAGAGUCUCGUAAAGAUGAAAGAUACCGUUGCUUUUUAAAAAACAGAGAUGAUGAUUUAUAUAUUGGUGCAUCAAUUACUCCACAGUGCAAUACAUUAAAAACUGUUGAGAAAUCACCAGAGAGAUACAGAAUUACUCCUGUGAAGGCAGAGGUAGUAGAACCAGGAUGUCGAUUACCACAAAACUUUUCUGGUGAUUGGAUCAACACUGCUAAUAUUGAUGCUGAUGUUUUUAUUAAUGAAACACAUAUAAUUGAAACUUAUUAUCCCGAUGAGAGCAGAUCCAGGCGUACUAUUUAUGUCUGCAGAGAACAACGUGACAGUCGUGUAAUGAUGGCUCGCCUUACUGUUGACGGUUGUCAGAAGGAUUAUGUCUGCUUCGAUUUUGUACCACAACAUCACAAUGUUAUAAGAUAUCGUAAAGGUUUAGCUAUGAUACAGAGUAAUUUCCAUACAGUAUGCUCAUGGGUGCAAUUUAAAAAUACGCAGCAAUGGCGAUACGAUAUUUUCCUGAAAAAAGUUCCCACACCCAUACGUUGUCCUGUAGCCGGUAAAUUUAAUUUUACACAAAGGGGUGACGUUCGAUUCGAAACAAGAAUUUUGGGUGGUGUAACACUGAGCCCUCGACCAAACUUGUACUGCAAGUUGAAUUUAAGUGACUUUUCAGUUUGUGACACAGAACAAAAGACUAUUCAAAUAAAGGAAAAUUACUGUCUUUCUGUAGACUAUUUAGGUAGACCAGUAGAUAUUUACAGUGAUCCCGAUUAUAAAAUGAAUUGUAUAGGUUAUUGGAAAGAGAAUUUGAAAUCUUAUCUCAUUACCUUUGAUGAGUUAGAUCCCUUCUCAAAGUACAGAUGCUGGGUUUAUCAGAGAGCUGAUCUAAACAGGGUUCUCAUGUCUCAAGCGUUGGGUCCAUACUGUGACCUAAAACAGGAUGUGACCUCAUGGAACUAUACAGAAGGCGCAGCAGUCGCCAUUGAAAUGGAGGAGUACGAAAGAGAAAGAGAUCAAUGCCCUAUGCGUUUUGAUGAUGGAAGUGAUCCUUGGACAAAUAAAGAAAAUCAUGUUAAAAUUUUCUCUUUCAGUUACUCAUUUUGGAGGAGUAAUUCUGCAUCUACAUUAGAAAUAUUUGCCCCACUUUUAGUUGCAGCUUUAAUUUACUUAUUGAAAUAGUCUUAAGAUAUUUGUCGCUAUUUUAAGCAAGUCUAAACACAUUACACAAUAAUUAUGCAUUCCAAAAAUAUAUGUUAGACCGUUUUAGUCAAUUUUAUGAUCCUAAUAUAGAAUUUACAUCUUACUAAUAUUAUUAUGAGGUAAGGUUUCAUGCAAAAGUAAUUUUAGUUUACAGUUUCAGCUCGAUUAUAGUCUGUAAAUUUUAUAUCUGAAUUUGCCGACUUAUUCGUUCGUAUAAAUUGCGAACGCAGCCAAAACAUAUAAAAAAAUAUCUGAAGAGUCAGUCAGCCAGUAUAUCUUUUACUAUUAAAUUUUUUUGGGUUUACAAAAAAGGGGAAGAAGUAAUGACAAAUGUAGUGUAGUUUUAACUUUAACUGUCAAAAAGUCGUAAUUUUUAUUAAAAAAUAAAUAGACCCUAAUUUAAAAUGGUUUAUGUGAAUAAAAUUUUUAUUUUACAUGUCCGAAUUCGGGUCAGGAAUUUAGUUUAUAUAUUUAAACCACUAAAGUUUAUAAUUUAUUUAAUCAGCCAAUAAAAAAAGAUAUAUGUAUUUGUAAGUACUAAAUAAAUACAAAGCAAGCAGAUAAUAAUGGAUAAGUAACAUACAGUAAUGUUUUUUGUUAUUGACUUCAAAAUACUUUUUUCAAUCAUAGUAAUUAUUCAACUUUAUUCAUCCAUAACCAAUUAUUAUAAAUCAUUGCAUUACCGAAUAAUGCAUGUGGUGCAAACUAUAAUUAUUCAGCUUUCAAUCUUUUUACUUUACAUAUAAAAUCAUAAGGAUUAUGCUAAAAUCUUUGGAAACAAAUAUUUUUAUUAUAUUUUCAGCAUUUUAUAUUACCUCAACAUCUUAUGUACUUAUGUUUUUUUUGUACUUUUUUUUUUUCAAUUAUUAUAAGAUAUUGUAGCAAUAUGUUAGUUAUUAUAUAGUCAUAAUUUUUAAACAGGAAUCUCUGAUAGGUAUUAUUAAAAGUGUAUUUUAAUAUUGUAUAACAAUUGAUUAUGUUUUUCAUUUUUGUGAAAAAUUUUAACGACCUGUGAACGUAAAUCCG